GAAGGAUGUCAAACAAACUUCUCAUUCCCAUUUUGACAAACUUUUUCUCGAGUUGGUAAAUGAAUAUCAAUCAUUCCCAUUUUGACAAUAAGAUCCAGAAAUUUAGUACAGCUUCCAACACAGAUACCUAACUUUUGGACAGACGUUAUUAUCAAGCAAAAGCUCAGUGUUUUUGGGAUGCAAAUAGCGGUAUCCAUUGCAAUGGACAGAGCUAUCAAAGAGACAGUGUCUAGUAAUGAGCAGAGUAUUGUUUCCUUAUCAACAACAACAACCAAGGAGCUUGUUUUAAAGGAUUAUGCUAUGGAAUCUUGACGAGACACGUAUAUUUUGAAAGAGCAGUACUAUCCUUGGUUUGCACAGUAUAUGGUUAUGAAAAGAGCAAGCAUUGAGCCAAAUUUCCAUGACUUGUACCUGAAAUUCCUGGAUAAGGUUAAUUCAAAGGCUUUAAACAAAGAGAUUGUGCAGGCAACUUACGAAAAUUGCAAGGCUCUUUUAGGAUCAGAGCUCUUAAAAUCAAGUUUAGAAGAACGCUCUUUGCUUAAAAAUUUGGGGAGCUGGCUAGGGAAGUUAACAAUUGGCAUUAAUAAGGUUUUGAUGGCUCGGGAAAUAGACCCAAAGUCUUUGAUUAUAGAGGCAUAUGAGAAGGGGCUAAUGUUCGUUAUUAUUCCAUUUACAUCUAAGAGCUCAUUUUGUCAUCAAAUUCCUUUCCAAAAACGUCUCUCAAAAGAAUGGCAAGAAGAAACAAAGGUAAUCAGUCAACAAACAAAUCAACUAGGAUACAACCAAUUGCUCGGAAGGAGAUGAAGAAAACAACAAAACGGUUUCAAGAAAUGGUUUAUAUUUCUUCUAGGUUCUUUCAUUUAAAAUCCAUUAUUUAAUUUCAUUAUUUUAUGUGAUUUUUAAUUAAAUUCUCUAAUAUUAUUUUAUAAUUAUAGUAUAAGUGCUCAUCAAAUAUCUCAGCCAAAAAAUGACAUAGAAAAAUACUAUAAUAUCUCGGAUGCGUAAUCUCCCAUAAAAGUUGUUGAAAGUAGGAUUGAUAAGGAUGCGGAACAAGUUAGCGGGAUGGAUCCAUUAAUAGUCAAUUUUAAUAGCUUAGCCAAGAUGAUAGUGGAUAAAUAUCCUAAAUUGAAGUUCACACUUUCUCCAUCAGGACUUCCAAUAGUUAUUGAUAAUAAUCAACAAACAUGGUCAACUAAUGCGCAUCAAAUUCCUUCAAGAGUGAACAGUCAAAGUGAAAGUAGAAAGAUAUUGCUUGAUCAUCCUAGUUAAGCUAUUGAAAGUGACUAUUAAU